CAUGUUCUCUGUUCUCUAUUAAGGGUUUGGUGGUGUGGUUUCGACAGAAUUUAGUUAAAUUGAGAAAUUAGGGUUUGGAAAAAUUUUGGGGAUAAAUCGUUAUUUCUUGUUUAUGGAUUGUAUCGGUCUCGGAUAUCCUCUUUGUGUCUAUACGGAUUGAAACAGGUUGUAGUUUCAAGCGAUUUGCCGUUUCUUAACUGUUUUCAAUUGAAACCUUUUUAGUGAUAUUGUUAUCUUAUAUGUGUUCGAAUUCACUUUGUUGAUGUUGUUUUCGUUCCUUCUAGCCAGUUUGCUUCCUUCUCGUCAAUUUGUUUUAACUCUAGUGGUUGUUUAACUCUGUCUGUUUUCAAUUUCUUUUCAGGUUUACGAUAAUGGGACAAUACAGUUACAACCAGCCAUCUUCAUCAUCAAACUCUCAAGACUUAAACUCCCUCCUUCAAACCGAAGCAGAGAUGUACGCGGCUGAAGCUGAGAUAAGUCAGUGGAAUGCAGAGGCCAUUCACAACUAACCAUCACCAGAGGGUGAUGAUGAAAUCCCCAGGACAUGCUACUGUGGGUCGGAGCCUGUUCACAGUUAUUCCCAAACUCCUAAAGAUCCAUACCGACGGUACAUUACGUGCCCCAAUGCUGAUGAUGGAGACUGCCACGUCUGGAAAUGGUGGGACGUGGCCGUCGAGGAGGAGAUGAGGGACAUUCAGACGGAGCUUAGUGAGCUUAAGGGUGAAGCCAAUGAGCGUGAGCAGAAGCUGCUCAUCCUUGAGAAGAGAAUAGGCGAGCUUACAAAGAAGAAAUCAGGAGCUAAGCUAAUGGUCUUUACCAUAGUUUUAGUAGGGUUGGUGUUACUUAUAAAUGUGCUAGAAAAAUUGAGAAGGAUUCAAAGGAGUGGGGCGUACCAGCUAUGUUUCUUUAACGAGGUUGACGCAUGUGGGAAGGAGUCACGGGUGCAUUUGGUCUGUAGCUCUUGUGGGAAGGAGUCACGGGUGUUGCAGAAGCCACGGGUGUUGUAGGAGUCACGGAUGACUCUGUUUCCUUUAGUAUAAGUAGUAGUGUUGUAGUUGUCUCUGAGAGUUUGUAUUAAUCAACUCUCUUUGUUUUCCUCGGAGCUGUUCUUAUCUACCACUGCACUGAAGUUUAGGUAAUCUACUCUAUUUGUUUUCAAAUUUGGAAAAAAACGUGUAUCCUCUAUAUUUGAAUGAUUGUCUGAUCCCUUCUAGUA